AUUUUUGAGAAAAUUUCUCUGCGGAAUAUUUUCGGGUUAAAAAUCGCUUAAAUGAUUCACUUUGUGCUUCUUAUCAGUAGACAAGGAAAAGUCAGGUUGACAAAAUGGUAUUCUCCUUAUUCCCAGAAGGAAAGAUCUAAGGUAAUCCGAGAGCUUAGUGGAGUGAUUCUCACACGGGGCCCCAAGCUUUGUAACUUUGUGGAGUGGAGAGGAUUCAAAGUUGUGUAUAAAAGAUAUGCAAGCCUCUAUUUCUGUAUGUGCAUUGACCAGGAUGACAAUGAGCUGGAGAUCCUUCAAAUAAUUCAUCACUUUGUGGAAAUACUGGAUCGCUAUUUUGGCAAUGUCUGCGAGUUGGACUUGAUCUUUAAUUUUCACAAGGCCUACUUUAUAUUGGAUGAGAUUUUGAUUGCUGGUGAACUUCAAGAAUCAAGCAAGAGAACCAUUGCAAGGCUUAUAGAUGCUCAGGAUUCUCUUGUGGAGAUUGCCAAAGAGCAGGCCAGUUCGAUAAGCAACAUGAUUGCACAAGUGACCAAAUAGAGGAUCGCUGCAUUAAAAUGCACGAUGCAUUCUUAUCAUCUUCGAUGAACAAAAUAUCUAAUUGUUUGUUUUCUUUUACAGUUUGAACAUAUAUUCUUCAUUCAUUUCAUUUAUUCAAAGAGGAACAAAGUAUCUUUUUGUU